AUGCCUUCCCGUACUCAGUGGAUCCCCAACCGUUACCCCCAGGCUCGUCGCUCUGACCACGUUGAUGUCUACAAGAGCGAGACCAAGGGUGAAGUUCGAGUCCAUGAUCCGUACCAAUGGCUUGAACACAAUACCGAGGAGACGGAGCGAUGGGUGACUGCCCAGGAAGGCUUCACAAGACAAUACUUAGACCAGAAUGCGGAGAAUCAAAGCUUGGAAGACGAAAUCCGCAACAACGAGAAGUUUGCGAAGUUUUCUGCUCCAAGCUUCAAGCACGACAAUCGGUGGUAUUGGACGCACAACACCGGGUUGCAAGGCCACGCUAUCAUUUAUCGCUCGAAAGAUGAGCGUCUUCCGGACUUCAGUAAAGAACAAGGUCCAGGCGGCGAAGUCUUCUUCGAUCCCAAUCUGCUGUCUGAAGACGGGACGACCGCUCUCGCCACGGCAUCAUUCUCCCGGACCGGAGAGCAUUGGGCUUACGGCCUGUCUCGAUCGGGUAGCGACUUCUUCACGAUCUACGUCCGCCCGACUUCUGCUCCCCUUGUUGCUUCCCCGGACGGGACGCGCCCAUCCCACGACGAGGGCAGACUUCCGGAAGAAAUUCGCUAUGUCAAGUUCUCUGGCAUCACAUGGUCACCCGACUCCAAAGGAUUCUUCUAUCAGCGUUUCCCCACGCGCGAGUCGCAUGGUUCUGCAGAUCAAGACCUUGCUGGGACGGAGACAGACUCGGACAAGAAUGCCACGCUGUACUACCACCGUCUUGGUACUGACCAGGCCGAGGAUGUUCUAGUGCACAAAGACGAGGCGCAUCCAGAAUGGAUGUGGGGUACGGAGAUUACGGAACUGGAUAAACGCUACCUGCUGCUGACGAUCACCCGCGAUACCGCUCCGAAAAAUUCUCUGUGGAUCGCUGAUCUGAAGGCACAAGCCAUCGGGCCAAACAUACAAUGGGACAAGCUGGUCGACGACUAUGUCGCUGAAUAUCACUACAUUGCGAACGACGGGACGAAGUUCUAUUUCUUGACGAACAAAGACUCGCCGCAGUACAAGCUUGCCGUUGUUGAUAUCGCUGAAGCUCCCGAGAAGCGUGUCUGGAAGGAUGUCAUUCCAGAAGACAAGGAUGCGCACCUUAGCGAUGUCCUGGCUGUCAAUGAUGACUACCUGAUUGUGAAAUACAAGCGGAAUGUCAAAGACGAGAUUUACAUCUACGACACGUCAGGCAAUCGUUUGACCCGCGUUGCAGAGGAUUUUGUUGGGGCCGCACACCUGUCUGGCAAGCGCGAUCAAUCAUGGUUUUUCGCAUCUUUGACAAGCUUUACGAAUCCUGGAAUUGUCGCACGGUACGACUUCUCCGAGAAGGACGAGGCCAAACGAUGGGGCGUCUACAGAAAGACGCUGGUUACUGGUCUGAACUCGGACGACUUCAUUGCCGAACAGGUAUGGUACAAGAGCAAAGAUGACACCAAAGUUCCGAUGUUUGUCGUGCGCCACAAGGAUACAAAGCUGGACGGUACCGCUGCGGCACUGCAGUAUGGCUACGGCGGCUUUGCCAUAUCUGUCUCGCCGUUCUGGAGCUCUUCGAUACUCACCUACCUCCAGAAGUACCGAUCUAUCUUGGCUGUGCCUAACAUCCGCGGAGGUAAUGAGUUUGGUGAAGACUGGCAUCUGGCCGGGACAAAGGACCGCAAGGCCAAUUGUUUCGACGACUUCAUCGCCGCGUCUGAAUUUCUUGUGGAGAACAAAUUCGCGGCGCGGGGCAAGAUCGCCAUCAACGGAGCGUCCAAUGGAGGCUUGCUUGUAGCCGCAUGCGUUAAUCGUGCACCAGAGGGGCUUCUCGGUGCCGCCGUUGCAGAGGUCGGCGUUCUUGAUCUUCUCAAGUUCGCUGAUUUCACAAUUGGGCGUGCAUGGACGGCUGAUUACGGGGACCCGCAUGAUCCCCAUGACUUCGACUUCAUAUAUCCCAUCUCACCGGUACACACUAUCCCUACCGAUAAGGUCCUCCCGCCGACCUUAUUGAUGACCGCCGACCAUGAUGACCGGGUAGUUCCUUUACAUUCUUUCAAGCACGCAGCUACUUUGCAGCACCUACUACCUAACAACCCUCAUCCCCUGGUUAUCCGUAUCGACAAGAAGUCCGGGCAUGGCGCGGGCAAGUCGACCGACAAAAGAAUAAAGGAUGCAGCGGAUAAACUAGGCUUUAUCGCCCAGUCCAUAGGGCUCGAGGCAAGACAUGGUUAAUAUCCCAGUUGUUGCGAGUGGGCAAGUGUUGACGGGGACAGUGUCAGACGUUCUUGGGCACCAUAAAUUAUAGCCUUGCUAUCUCUGUG